UGCUCCAGCAGGCGGCAGCAAUGCGCCGGACGAGCGUCGAUUCACCUGCUGAAAUCCGUGAAGAAGAUCGGGCGCAGUACAUGCGCCUCUCGGAUUGAUGUUUACGGAUUUUGGUUACUUGUCUCUAAACUUUACCGCUGAAUUAAAAUAUUAGCGUGAAACAAUGAACACUUUACUGACCAAGGUUUUAUUGUUUCAGAACACACGGGCGCUGUUGUGUGCAGCAGCAUCGCUUCAAAGUCAAGUGUUAACUACACAAAUGCCUUUGGGUGUUUUGCUGACUAGCAGACAGUAUAGAUCAAUGCCCACACAUGGUAUUGGAAAAUACAGACAUCUUCUUCCAAAAGCAUUGCCAAAGAAGAAGAAGGAUAGAGUUCAAGUGAAGCAGAUCAAAGCGGCCACAGCAACAGAGUUUGGUGUGUUUAAUGUGUGUGUUUCCGGUUAUGACAUGACUCUAGUGGAACAUUAUUCCCAAUACAUCCACAAUCUCUGCAAUCAUUUUGACAUCAAAGUCGAUGAAAGCUGUGCCCUGCCUACGAAAAGCACAGAGGUCAUGGUGAUGCAGGAGCAAGGCACUAAGAUGUAUGUAGAUGCGGUCCUGAAAACCCAUGAGCGUAUUGUUCAGAUCAGUGAAAUGAAGGCAACACUUUUUCCCAUAUUUAUGGAAGUCGUUCUGAAGAACCAGCCUGAGGGGGUGCGACUUUGUGUAAAGCAGCACACAGAAGCAGAUUAUCAAGCCCGGUUCAAAACAAGACCUGAGCUUGAGGGGCUUCUCGCAAAAAUUCAUAAUUAAUAAAUUAUAUCAAAAUGUUUUUCAUAUGAAAUAACAUGUCAGACAGUUUUCUACCCCAUGUGUGCUGUAAUGAAUCUGUGAAGCAAUAAACUCA